CGAUGUCUUCAGCAUGAACCAAGAGCCUCGCAAGGGCCUGCCCGAGAAUUCCGUGGGUAACGUCCGAGGAGAAUUGGUACUGGAGCGGGUCUUACGCUUUUUCGGAAAGUCAAUUCACAAUUUCUACGCGGACUUUAAGGAGGUCAAAAGCAGGAAGUCCGGUCUUCAGGAUGAAUUCAACGGGUUGAAGGUACGGUAAUGCGGUAUUACGUUCCCACCUUGUUGGAUGCCAUAUCUUCGACAUCAGUGAUACAUCUAGGACCUGAAAGCGACUCGCAAAUUGACAACGUGAUAGCAAGCAAACUGCUUGACAUCAUGGGAGCAAAACCGCAGGAUCUCCUGUGGAAUAUGCUCCUCGAUCAUCUGUUGGCCAGACUAGCGUUCAGGUCAGAAGACAAACGAGAUGCCGAAGACAAAGCCAGAGACGUAUAUUAUGAUAGGAUGCGAGUGACGGACAGUGUCAAGAAGACGGUUCAAAUUUCCUUCUCGGCCGCCCUAGCAAAUUGCAAGACCGCAAGGCAGGGGAACGACACGACCUGGCUAAUUGUGGCGACUAAGAUGCUGGAUGUCUUGUGGGCCUCGCUCAUUCCGAACUUGCGCGACCAAGCCGGAGCAAAUCCUAGUUACUGGAACGGGAAUAACGCUUUACACCUGGCCGCCGCAAGCUAUUGUCCGCAGGUGGUCGACAAAAUCAUCCGCCUACUUCGAGAUCACAACCCGGACUGCGACGAUUCCCAGGUGCGGCAUGGCCUGUUGUGGGUGCCAACCAUGGACGACCAGUUCGUUCUGAUGCUGGCGAUCAAGAACCUCGACGUCGAGACCGUCAGGAUUCUAGUCAGAGAAGAGCCCCUACUCCUGAAACAAUGCUGGCGGAAAGCCAAUGUCUAUCCCCUCCACGACCUCGUCUUGGCCUUGCAGGACCUGUCCAAGGCCGCGCCCCAGCUUGAAACAGACGCGGUCGAAGUGAUGAAAACGAUUGCCAACGCGGAUCCAAGCUCACUCUUGCAGAAGUGUAACCCCAUCACCGCUCAUGGCUACACAUUCAACGGCGGCACACCCUAUAUGCUCUGUGAGGGAUUCAUCAGGCACUCCGCCUCCAGGGAACCUGGGCCGGGGGUUCUUGCGAUCGGCUCGGAGCUCCUCAAGGAGAUGAAACAUCUCAUAUUUCGCCGGCUAACGUCGAGUGAUAUUCCGAAGGCUUUACACGAGGAUAGAGCAACCUGAAUCAAGGCGCAUACAAAGUUGUAGAUCUCAACCUA